CCUGGAGAAUCCCAUGGACAAAGGGGCCUGGAGGGCUAUAGUCCAUGGGGUUACAGAGUUAGACACAACUGAAUAACUAAGUAUAUACAUCAGUUAAUAAAACCUCUGGACAAGCCCCUUUUAGUGAAGUUGGCCUUGGCACUGGGGAAGCUUGGUAGGAUUUCUUGUCUAUGUGUUGGUGCUUGGAGACGCAGGGGAGUGACAUCUCAUGAACAGUGUUUGAUUGACAGGCUGAGAUCUACAUCCUAGCGUCUAAAGAGCCUGUGUACUCCAGGCAACAGGCGGUUCCACCCUGGCUUGGCUGCAUGCUGCUUCUGGAACACUGGGCCCCAGGAGAUCCAUCAUCGCCAGAGGGGCAGGACUGCCUCCCUUGCCAUCUGCUCCUGCAGCACCCAAGCUGGCCACGGAGCCAGUCACUUGACCCUAGAGGGGAGAGGAGGCAGAGAUAGCACAUGGGGAUGGCCUGCUGGUGACUGAAAUCUUUCUACUGCUGGAUGCUCUGAAGAGGAAAUCAUGAAUUCAGCCUUCAGUGCCUCUGAGCCCUCCUUCGCUAUGUCUAUAGAAAGUAUCCUGUCCCUUCUCCAGGUUGACCGUUCUAGAUCCUCACCACUACCAUCUCAUUCCAUCCUGACUCCCCUUGUCAGCAGAUGGCUUUGCUGCCUAAUUCUCAGAGAAAACUGAGGCCGUGCACCAUGAAACCCCCCAACUUCCAGCUUCCCUCCCACAAAAGUUCCACAGCCCAGGAGAAGCACACUCAGAAGCUGUGUCUGCAAGGGCCAUGUGAAUUCAGGAUUCUGUUUCUACUAGAGACCUCCCUUCUAUUGGAUGCUGUACUAGAUGGAAGGGAAGAGAUCUGCCAGCUUCCCCACUGUCAUAUCCUCAGCUCCAGGAAACUACAGACAGAGCCCCUACUGAAAAAACCACAUGGUUCUCCAUUUCUUCCAAGAUCAAGGGCACAUUCCAUAGCAUGCAUCAAAGAGCCUCCAAAGGGGCAGAGGUGUGAAGUGAGGAGUAACCGAGUAGCCCAAGAGUACCCGGGACCUGGGACUCUAGAAGUGGUGCUGUUUAAAAAGAAAACAAUAGGACAUCCCUGGUUGCUAAGGUAAGGAUUCACCUUCCAAUGCAGGAGACUUGGGUUAUAGUCCUGGUCAGGCAACUAAGAUGCUAUUAAUACAUGCUGCGGAGCAACUAAGCCCUCUCGAGACAGCUGCUGAGCCACAACCAGAGAAAAGCACGUGCCGGUAUGAAGACACAGUGCAGCCAACAAAUAAAGGUCUUAAACAAAAAAAGCCAAUAAAGGAAAUUGUAUUUUGACAGAAAGGAUUGCUUGACUAUGAUUGCUGAAGUUCGGUCAUGCUCAAGAAUUCUGGAAGGAAGACGCACUCCCUAUAGAACAGUGGUGGGAUGGUGAGAGGGAAGCCUGCCUCGCCCUGGGCUGAGGGCUGGGGAAGCCACCACCACCUUGACUUUGGCCUGUACUCUCCCACGUAGAUAUCCUCUCCACCUGGCUCAUGCACCAUCCUGGACUUACUCAUCCCUAGCUUUCUGCUUAUUUUGCCUCACUCCCCAGACUUCAUCUAAAAGGAAUUUCUGUUUAACCACAGCGCCCACAUGAAGAAUUCUACUAAAAUUUCAUUUUAACUAAAUUCCAGCAGACAGAUGACUUAAAUAAGCUACAGCGGACUCAGAGAAAAUGAUGCCGCAGUUGUUGCUCAUGGGCCUGACCAGCAGAUGGGCAAACUCCAUUUUAUACACACACACUCGCCCCCUACAUCCACAAAGUCCAGGCAUCAGCGGACAACAUGUGCCCUUGGUUCUUGAAUCCCCAGCGUGGACCGGUCGCCAGGGCUGGCUCCUGAUGUGCCCCUGUCUCUACUCCGGCAGCUGAAGGGAAGCCCCUGUGGUACCAGGGACACUUGUAGCCUUGGAUCCAGACUGACUUUGAGAGCUGUGGAUGCACUGGUCCAUCUCACAGGGAGCUCUGCCAUUUUCCCUGCAUUCGGCUCGCCCAAAUGCUGAUUUUCCUUUCUGUUUAUUUUUCCCCUCAGGCCCACCCAAGGAAACUCUUCCAUCAAGAAAUGUGCGUGGGCUUCAGCAUUUACUUGGCUGGCUCUUUGGGAAGGCCUUGAUGUGCUGUUAUUUUUCCUUUAAUGUUAAGGUCCCCUGGGGUCCCCUCGACUCUUGUGGCCUGGUUUCACUUGGCUUAAGACUGGACCCCGCUGUGUGUGACCAGAAGCAGUGUAGCAGGGUAGGGCUGGUGGGAAACGGGGGUGGGGGACUUUUCCACAUCUUUAAAGAUAAUAUAAUAACAUCAUGCUUAAGACGAGAAUGGAAAUAUCUUCAGUUCAGUUCGGUCGCUCAGUAUGUAAGAGAAAGCAAGACUGUGAGACAGAUGGGGAAAAGCUACCCCACCCACCAGUGGUGGAGGCUCCGCUGCCCCGACUCUGCCAGCUUAGCUCUUGACCACCCCUCUGCCUGUACAACAAAGCUCUCCUUGGGAUAUCUUAAGAGUCCUGGGGCUUAUUUCCCAGGAUUCCUCUGCUCCUUGCAUCUGCAGUCUUUCUUUCUUUCAAUUUUUAUUUUCAAUUUAUUUUUAAUUGGAGGAUGAUUGCUUUAUAAUGUGUUCAUCUCUACCAUAGAGCAAUGUGAAUCAGCUGUAAGUACACAUAUACCCUCACCCUCUUAUGCCUCCCUCCCACUUCCCCCCAUCCUAACCCUCUAGGUCAUCACAGAGCACCACGCCCCCUGUGUUGUAUAGCAGUGUCCCACUAGCUAUCUAUUUUACACAUGGUAUUGUGUAUAUAUACGUAAUACACUCUCAAUGCUACUCUCUCAUUUGUCCCAGCCUCUCCUUCCCCCACUGUGUCCACAAGUCCAUUCUCUAUGUCUUCAGUCUUUCUUGCAGCGUGUCUCUGUUUAGCCCCAUGACAACAACAGAGGCUCACCUCAGCCCUCCAGUGGUUUCCCAACAGCAUCUCCACACCACCUCCAUCUCCCAUGCCUGGCCUCCCGGACAGGUGCUCCAGCCUCUCUUCCCGAUCCAGCACACUCUCUUGCUGACACUUAGGGUCUCCACUCCUUGCCCCUGCGUCUCUUCACUCUAUCCCUGGAACAGGCACUUUCUUCCUUUCUCACCAUCAGACUUACCCCUUUUCUGCCAUGAGGCACCAGGUCCUCUUCCUUCAGUUCUCAUUUAACUGUGAAUCAUUUGUCAGGCAAAUCGCUUCUCUGCCAGUAUCUGUUCAAAGGUGAAGAUUUGCCUCACCUUUCCCAUCCUCUUCCCCCACCCCUCCCAAUUCAAGGUUUCCAGGGACUACUUGGCACCAACUUCUGCCUUUUUUUUUUUUAAGCUUAUUAUUAUUUUUCUUCUAAGGAGCAAGCGUCUGGAAGAAAAGCUAUGACCAACCUAGACAGCAUAUUAAAAAGC